GGGGAAGUAUCCAGCGGGUGAAGCGGAGGAAGAGGGAGGUGUAGGAAAGAAAGGAGGACCCGCCCCCACCUCUCAGCUCCUUUACGGGAAGUGAUGUGGGGCCGGACGGAACAUACCCGCGAGGGACCCAAAAAAGGGCAGGCAGCAGUGUGGACGCUGAGCGUAUUGAACGUGGACCUGCGGCUGUUGCAGGGACGGCGGGACAUUGUAGACAGGUUUACUAAACGGGUAAAAGGAACCAUAACAAGCAUUUUUUUUUUGUACUUGGUAAACUACUGUGUUUUUCAUUAUGUCUGAUGGAGACUAUGAUUAUCUCAUCAAGUUUUUAGCCUUGGGUGAUUCUGGAGUUGGGAAGACCAGCUUACUUUACCAGUAUACAGAUGGCAAAUUUAACUCCAAAUUUAUCACAACAGUAGGCAUUGAUUUCCGGGAAAAGAGAGUGGUAUAUAGGGCCAAUGGACCAGAUGGAGCAAUUGGCAGAGGUCAGAGAAUCCACUUGCAGUUAUGGGACACAGCAGGGCAAGAGAGAUUUCGUAGCCUGACUACUGCAUUUUUCAGAGAUGCUAUGGGUUUUCUUCUCCUUUUUGAUCUUACCAAUGAGCAAAGUUUUCUCAAUGUCCGAAACUGGAUAAGCCAACUCCAAAUGCAUGCAUAUUGUGAAAGCCCAGAUGUAGUGCUCUGUGGUAAUAAAAGUGAUCUGGUGGAUCAGAGAGUAGUAAAAGAAGAGGAUGCUAGGGAACUUGCUGAAAAAUAUGGAAUCCCAUACUUUGAAACCAGUGCUGCCAAUGGCACCAACAUAAGCAAGGCAAUUGAAAUGCUCCUGGAUCUGAUAAUGAAACGAAUGGAACGAUGUGUGGACAAGUCCUGGAUCCCUGAGGGAGUAGUUCGAUCUAACGGCCACAAUUCUACUGAGCACUUAAAUGAAAACAAAGAAAAGGGUGGAUGUGGCUGCUAAAAAGUAAAGUGCCAUAAUAAACUGCUAUAAUUCAAGAAACCUGUGUAUUUUAAAAUUUUGAAAAUCAUUUCUAUGUGGUACAGUUGCAGUUGAAUGGAUUUCUGUGAAGAAUUAAGAAAGCAGAAAGUAGUAUUUCCUAACUGAUUUAACUGACUGCUGCUGGGUAAUUUAUAAAAAAAUUAAAAAAAAUAUUCAGACUGGAAUUUAAUUAAAAAGCAUAUUUAUAGUGCUUAAUCCAUACUAGUUAUUCCUUCAGGGAUUUAGCAUUUUGCAGCAGUAAUAGUCAAUAAAAUUGUAUUCAAUCAUGGAAUUUGUGGCUAGAAGAGGAUCUCAAAGAUCUUCCAGUCCUGAAAUUUUUUCACAGAUACUUACUGUGAUAAAUACUUGAUAUAGGAGUACUGGGCAUCUCCUGUGUGGUGGCAUUAUAUGCAACUGAAAGAAUUAUUUAGAGAAUUCUAUUUAUAAUAAAUUUCCUAUAGGAAGAUUAUUUAUAAAGCCAAAACCAAGUUUAUAUUACUGUGUGUAAGCUGCAGUUGUGAAGCUAAUUUUAAAAAACCUCCAACUGUACCAUAUAUGAAAUUAUAAAAUACCAUUUAUGCCACUUGAAUGUUAAAUCAGAAGGCACACACACACACACACACACACACACAUACAUACACAACACACAUACAUGUUCAGUUUGUUUCAAGUGUAAGGGGAUAAUGAUUUGGAGAUACUUACAGAAACAAAGGGGCAAAAUUUGCUGUACUUUUGACCUCUCCAGUAUUGUUCAGUGAUGUUCUGGGGUAAUUUGUGUAAUCAGCUCUACUCUGAUGGGAGCUGAAAGUAAAAUUGUUUAUUCUCACUUUAAAUAAAUAGCAAGUGAGCCUGAACAAAUUUGUUGAGGGAGAAGCAAAGAGAAUUUUUUGGAUUUUUACCCCAAUUCCCACAGUGAAACCCAUACUGCUGUACACUUUACAAAUGACUUCCCCAAGUAUUGGUAGGAUUAUGUGUGACUGUGGGUUAAAUGGACCAAGGUUCUAAAGCCAUUUAUUUUAAUAUUUUGGGUAUUGUUUCAAUGUUAUAUGAGCAGUAAAACUGGUGCUUCUGACUCUUCAUUGUAUUUUCACCAGAGAGAAAAGUCAGCAUAAUUGUAAAUUAUGGGACUAAUUCACUUUGGUUGGAAGUUAUAUUUGGCCAGCAAAUUUUUUGUGUUAUAACUGGUGCUUUGCACUGAAAUUAUUUGUAAACAAGAAAACAUCUUGAACAAUUUUUUUUUCAAAUUUAGGUUAAAUUCCUAAUAUUGGUCUGGUUAUAUUCUAAAAUACUAAAUUUUAAGCUUGUAAUUACACCAAGUAAUUUUUCACUUGACUCCUGGAUAGUAUGUAGCUGAUGUUUUCAAAUUUCUUUCUUUUUCUUUACUAGAAGAAGUUAAUUUUGUAUUUUAGUAGAAGGCAUAUUUUUUACUGCUUUUAAAUUCUAAUUUAAUUUCUAAUGCAGUGUAAAAAUGAUUAAAAAGCAUUUAUUUUACAGGAAUUUUUUGUCAAUAACACCAUGCACUGCAUGUCUGGACAUGUAACUCCAAUACUUUGCCAAAGUGUCUACAUACUAAAUUUAAAGUGGUUUGCAGGUUCUUUUUAGGUAUUUUCAUAGCCAUUUGUUUACAGAAAUCAAAAUUAUUUCUUUCAAGGGAAUAAUAUUAAAAAUUUCAACAAAGAAAUGUAAACUCUUUAGUCCAAUGGCCAGCAAGUAUGCGAUAAUAUUUAAUAUACUUUAAAUUAAAAAUAAAAAUGUAUUACAUAGAUCAUACAGUAUUUGGUUAAAAUUGAGGAAAUGAAAUUAUUAAAAAAUAAUUACUUUUAUAGAAUAACUUUCUGGUGAAUUUUUAAAUGUAGUAGAGUGUAGGGCUUGUCUCCUGCCUCUUACUUUCUAAAAUAUGAUGUACUUUUCUUCCCUGCUAUAAAUAAUAUAUACUAAAUUUUUAUUCUGAUUUACAUCCAAAUGUCUGAGAGAACUUUCAGAAGUAGAAAGGGGCAAAGACUUGUGAAUAUGUAGUUUUUUGUAUUGUUAUGUGCAAUUCCAAGGAAUGGAUUCUGAAAUCACUGGAUUAAGUUGUUUACUCAGCAGUGCCUUCUGAAGGUGCUACAAUAGAGUAAAUGAUGUUAGUAUAAAUCAGAAUGCAUAUUGUAAGAUAAUUUGUAUAUUUAAAAUAGAUAUAUACAUAUACUAUACUUGUAUGUUGUGUAUGUAACCAUGUAUCUGGGACUGACUCAUCUCUCAAGGCAAGUUACAUGUGUUCAUGCAUUGAUAUUUAAUUUUAAAGAACUACAUGCAUAAUUAACUGCCCAUUCCAUUAGCCUUAAGAAAGUUAAGGUGUAAAUUUCAUGCAAUUCUUUUAAAAGUGUUAUGUACCCACACGAGCCAAGUUUAGCUACUGAAAUAAAUGAUGUACAUUUUGGAGGGAGUGAUUUGUUUAGGUUUGAUAUUAAAAUGCCAUAUUUUUGUCCUACAACUUAUUUUUCUAUUUAUAGUCUUAUAUACAAAGUAAAAUGUAUCUUUAAUGAAAUAGCUUUAACCUUGUGUCACACAUAUUAUGCAUAAUAAAAAAGGUCUAUCAAUUUCA